UUUUGAAACAUUUAAGAAACUGGACUCUAGGUUCUUUACUUCUAUUUGUUGUGUAUACGCACGGUCCCUGUUUCCUGCAUAUAUACGACGCAUUGUUCUUCCGUCUAUGCAUCCAGCUGUUCCGCGUACGGACGUACGUACUACCGGCCGGCACAUCCAAACUCCAGAUCGACCGACACAUCUCGGCAUCUCGAUCGAUGGAACGCCAGCGGCUGCAAGCUCGCCAAGACCACGACCUAGCCGACGAUGUGCUGGCCGACGUCCUCCGCUGGCUCCCGCCGCGCUGGCUCGCCGCGUCACGGUGCAUCUGCAAGGCCUGGCGCCACCUCCUCCACGCCGGCCUGCUCCCGCUCUCGCUCGCUGGCAUCUUCAUCCAGUUCGAGGAGCACGCAUUCCCGGAGUUCUUCGCCCGCCCCUCCUCUUCCCCGGUUCACACCAAGCUCGACUUCCUGCCUCCGGUCGUCUCCCCCUCCACCGAGAUAGGUGAUGGUUUCGAUGAAGGCUACUUCGAGCGAGACCACUGUAAUGGCCUCCUCUUGCUCAGCAACUACGUGGUUAACCCUGCCACGCGGCGCUGGGAUCCUCUGCCUCCUCGUCCAGACCUUGACCCCAUGGGGAUCGCUCAUGGUUUCGAUAUGUAUCUAUGUCACGGGAACAGCAAGCCCCGCCAGGAGAAGCCCAGCCCAGCUGGAACGGCCCAGGAGGGAGGCCAGGCCCAACCCAAGGGUGCAGGGCUCGGAGUGGACCAAGUAGUAUAAAAGAGCAGUGUGGUGUUAGGGUUUGUUAUCGUUGGAUCACCAGACCGACCGCCGCCGCUGGGCGUGUAUCUCUCUUCCCAUCCCCUGGCUCUUUUCCCCCAAUCCCUCCUUCUUGCUUGGAACCUUAGCUACUAAUUCGUGUAAUAUCUCGAUGAUUGAGAGCCAAUUCGACCGAAUCCACCUCAAGUACCGUGCCAAUCUAGCUUUUGAUUGCUGCUCCCUCCUGCACGGCGAUCCCUGGAUCAAAGUGGCACUAACCAUUCCAGCAAAGUGGCAAUUCCUGGAUCAACUUUACUAGGCCUAUGAGCAACGUCGCCGGUGACUCCACCAAAAAAAAAAAGAAGAUCAAACUUGAAAAGGGGAAAGAGAAAAUAAAUAAAUUUAGAGUAUUAUUAGUUUUUGUACAGCAAAGAUGAGAAAAACAAUUUCAGGUGCGAAAAACCAAUGCCCAGAGAUCUCUUGAACUAAAAUGUUGUUGAACAACCAAAGAUGAGAAAACCAAUUUCAGGUGCGGCUAAGAAAAUCAAACGGAGAUAAUAAUUUCGGGUGCAAAUAUACAACACAAGUAAACAAAAUAAUUGGAAUGAAAAAAAUGAUGUUGGGAUGGAGUGCUACAAAUUUCUGGUAACGUUUGCCUCUAUACGUAGUGUCAAAAUAUUAUCAUUGGUACCUAAAAUUUUUAUAGCUAGAGCACGAAUCUUGAAACGUACUGGUAUAAAAUUACGCCGUGAGGUAAUUUGUUUGUGUACGACACCGGGCUUCCUGCAUAUACACGUAUAUCGUUUUUCCAUCAGAAGCUGUUCCGUGUUAGUAGAUACUACCGGCCAGCACAUCCAGCUCCAGCCCGAGAGAUCCAUGGACGCCCUACCGGACGACGCUCUCGGCGAUGUUCUCCGCCGUCUUCCACCACGCUGGCUGGCCAAGUCGCGGUGCGUCUGCAAGGCCUGGCGCCGCACCGUCGACGAGCGCCGCAUCCUGCGCCCGGGCCUGCUCCCGCUCACGCUCGCCGGCAUCUUCAUCCAGUUCGACUCCCAUGCGUUCCCGGAGUUCUUCGCCCGCCCCUCUCCCUCAUCGGCCAAUACCAAGCUCGACUUCCAGCCUGUACGUGGUCAACCCCGCCACGCGACGCUGGGAUCUUUUGCCUCCACGCCGGUGUCCGGCCGAUCCAAAACGGGUCACCUUUUGGUCCAACGACUAUCUAGCCUUCGAUCCUGCCGUGUCGUCCCACUUCCAAGUGCUCAGCAUUCCCUAUUUGCGGCCAUCUACACACAUCCAAUUAGACCCCUUGGUGGAGAAAUCCGAAUGGCCGCCAUCUACAUACAUCCUGGAUGUCUUCUUGUCAAAGUCGGAUCGCUGGGAGGAGAGGCCUUUUGUCAGAGAAGGUGAUGUUGCAGGGAUCGUCGCCGAGGCACGACAAGAUCACCCCUACGGAUGGUCAUCGGCCAAACGUGGCGCUGCCUACUGGCGACAAGCACUUUAUGUGCACUGCCAGCCUAAUGCUGUCAAGAGGAUAUCCCUUUCCGAUGACAAGUACCGUGUGAUUAAACUAUGACAAGUACCGUGUGAUUAAACUACCAACCGACAAGGAAACCAUGGCUUAUCUAGGAAGAU